CGCAGUCGCAGAGCAACCUCCAGGCGGAACUGGGGCGUCCCCUGCUCUCGGGACCAACACACCCGGUGUGAAAAGGUGGUGGCAGCGCGGAGCGGUGCGCAUGCGCGGGCAGUUCUUGGGGUGAAGGGGUGAGAGCCGGACCGGGCGGCCAGCUGGGCUGGAGCGGAGCAGCGUCAGGAUGGACGAGGACGUGCUGACCACCCUGAAGAUCCUCAUCAUCGGCGAGAGCGGCGUCGGCAAGUCCAGCCUGCUCUUGAGGUUCACGGAUGAUACUUUUGAUCCAGAACUUGCAGCAACAAUAGGUGUUGACUUUAAGGUGAAAACAAUUUCAGUGGAUGGAAAUAAGGCUAAGCUUGCAAUAUGGGAUACUGCUGGUCAAGAGCGGUUCAGAACAUUAACUCCCAGCUAUUACAGAGGUGCACAAGGUGUUAUAUUAGUUUAUGAUGUGACAAGAAGGGACACCUUUGUUAAACUGGAUAAUUGGCUAAGCGAAUUGGAAACAUAUUGCACGAGAAAUGACAUAGUAAACAUGCUAGUUGGAAAUAAAAUUGACAAGGAAAAUCGUGAAGUUGACAGAAAUGAAGGCCUGAAAUUUGCACGGAAGCAUUCCAUGUUAUUUAUAGAGGCAAGUGCAAAAACCUGUGAUGGUGUACAGUGUGCCUUUGAAGAACUUGUUGAAAAGAUCAUUCAGACACCAGGACUGUGGGAAAGUGAGAACCAGAAUAAAGGAGUCAAACUGUCACACAGAGAAGAAGGCCACGGAGGAGGAGCCUGUGGUGGUUAUUGUUCUGUGUUAUAAACUCUGGGAAACUCCAUCUCUUGCAUAUUAAUCAGAUAGUGACAUCUUUCUGUAUAUAAACUCUAACUGCUAUCUUAGGAACCUUGCAGUUUGCACAUAAUUUGUUUUGUAUCAUGGCAGUAAACAUUUGCAAAAAAGCCCCCUCAUCGGCUUUCCCAGGUACAAUGUUAUGGUGAGCAUGCACAGUUUGCAGUCUACAGUUUUUCGUGUAACAUAAAAUAGGUGUACCUUUACCAGUACAUUUGAUUUUAUGAUUUACAUUUAUCAUGUGAUGAAAAAAAUCCACCUAUCCAGUCUCUGUUGAUACAAAGUAUAUUUCGGUCUCCUUUUUACUUAACUACUCCUAUCAAUUACUGAAUUAAUUGAUAUGUAGAACUCCUGGAGCCUCUGGGGGAGAGAGAGGUAUCAUCAAACAUGGCAAAUUUCCUUUCAGGAAUAACAGUAUGAUUUCCACAGCUUUUCUAGGAUGUUUGCUGACAGAUUCUCUUUUAGUACUAAGCAAAAUUCUUUAAGUCAAUAGUCCAGUCCAAUUUAUAAUUAAAUCUCUACUUGUUCUGAUGAUACUUCUAAAGUAGCAUUGAUAUGUUAAAGAAGUUUGGUCUUUUUUUUUUUUAUUCAGUGAGUAGGUCAGUUGCUUAAUGAGAGUUUUAUUUCUGUGAUAUGUGUGUUGACACCUGACCUUUUGUGCAGCAUUUUUAGUUUUGUGGUGUUUGACAGAAUAGCAAUAAGAUUUUUCCCCAUUUUGGUUUCAGGACACAAGUAGUGUGUUUAUGUAACUCAUAUGGUCCUUACCACUUUUAAAAGCAACACCUUUUUUCCAUAAAUGCUGGUGGGUUUGUCCAGGUACAUCAAUUAUAGCUUGUGUAAUGUUUAUCAGUAUCUGUAUCUUAUGACUUCCAUAAUGGCUAGUUGAUAUUUAAAACCUAUUUCUGUGUUUUGAAGGUUGGGCAAAAAAAAAAAAAGCAAACACUAAAUGACAGCUUAAGAAAAGCAUAUUGCUUCCAGAUUUUGAUGUUGGGGGGAAAUACCAUUGCAAUGAAAAUCUCGGUAAUUUACUGUAACAAGUAGUCAAUAGAGUAUCUAAAAACCCAACUUGUACAGAUCUAAUAAAUCUUUUCCACAGUA